CAGUUCAAAACUCGACUGUCAAGCAAGCGCACCUGUUGUCAGCACCGAACGAGAAAAUUUCAACCAGAAAAAUUCUAAAAAAAUAUUCGUCGCAGCAAAUACAACAACAACUUAGCGUGAAAUAUUUCACAUUAUUUGCUAUUUAAUUGAAUAUUACGUAUAAAUUAGCAAUUAAACACGCUUGAUUUUCGUUUAUUUUUGCCAUUAAAUCGACAAUUAAAGCAAUUAAUUAACAAUACAACUUCAGUUACAACUUCCACGAAUUGUUGUUGGUGUUGUUGUGUUGUAUAUUCGCGUGUAUUGCCGGUACUUAUAAACUGCUACUCGUAAACUAGAAAUCAAAAUAACGCAAUAAAAUUAAACAAUAUAAAUGCAACAACAACAAUAUAAAAACAAUAGUUGACAAUUUUCACACUGCAAGUUGAAAAAAAAAAUCAAACGUAACCAACUUAUUUACGGUGUUAGAAAAGCAGUAACGCUCGCGUAAAUUCAUUCAGUUCGCUUUGCGGCGUCGUCGGUGUCAUCAUCGUCGUCAUUAUCACUUUUACUCGUUUUGAUUUCCGAUUUGUUAACAACUCACUCAUUGUGGUCGACCGCAUAUCUGAAAUUAUCGCCGAAAAGAACACACAAUCUCAAGUGUAAGUUCUUCUCAAGUGCCUACCACAGGUAGUAUUUAGUUGCAUGGCGUCUGUGGUUCAGCAGUCUCCUCAGGAAGGCAAGACAACGCAAGUGCAAAUCUCUUACGAGCAGCGUGAAAAAAAGGUUUUCCACGAAAGUACCGAAAUGACUUACUCGGCGGAUCGCGUUUCUGAGGACAUUCCCAAAAUCAUUGGUGUCAGUGACAUCACCGAGAACAAGAAAAUAUGGCGCGCACUAAUUGGCGAAUUCUUGGGCACAUUCUUCUUGGUCGCCAUCGGUGUUGGCAGUUGUACCGGCGGUGAUGCGUACUCACCAUCGGUGCCACAAAUCGCUUUCUGCUUCGGUUUAGUGGUGGCCACUAUGGCGCUGGGUCUGGGUCAUAUCAGCGGUUGUCACAUUAAUCCAGCUGUGACAGUUGGCUUUCUCGUUGUUGGUGAAAUGAGUAUACUAAAGAGUGUGCUCUACAUUAUUGCGCAGCUGAUUGGCGGCAUUGCGGGAGCAGCGGUCAUAACUGUGGCCGUAACCGAUGAAAUCGCCGGCGCAAAACUGGGCGUGUCUUCGUAUGCUGGCGGUCUCGAUGCGGGACGCGUAGUACUCAUCGAAGCGUUGAUCACCUUCAUGCUGGUAUUCGUUGUCAAAGCUGUUUCAGAUCCCGGACGCACAGACAUUAAAGGCUCAGCACCAUUGGCUAUCGGUCUCUCCAUUACGGCUGGACACUUGUGUGCUGUUAAAUUGACUGGCUCCAGCAUGAAUCCGGCACGUUCAUUUGGCCCCGCUGUCAUACAGAAUGACUGGACGGAUCAUUGGGCCUACUGGGUGGGACCCAUUGCCGGUGGCAUUGUGGCCGCCAUUAUUUACCGAUUUGUCUUUAAGGUGCGCAAGGGCGAUGAUGAAGAUCAUUCAUAUGAUUUCUAAAGUGUUGCCACAUGCUAAUAUGUAAACUGUAAAAUGAGUACUACAGCAACAAAAAGCCGCUACAGACACAUACAUACAUGCGUAUCUACAUCCAUAUGUAUAUGUGCCGCAAAUGCAUGACGACAGGCAUUUUUUGAUUUUUGUUUUUGUUUACAUUUGCUAAUUUCAAAUAUUUAAUAAGCGCAAAAAGCUUUUACACAUACAUAUAUACUUAUAUAUGUAAAAAUAAGUAUAUAUUUGAAUGCACUUGUAUUGAGAAUGAAUAUGAAAAAAAAAAUGUUACGUAUACGCCACGCCACCACCAUUUGUAUUAUGCAUAAUUUUAUUUGUAAUUUUAAUUUAGUGAUUUAAGCACCACAUACAUACUUGUGUGUUUAUAUAUAUAUAUAUUAUCGAUGCGAUGCAACUCAUAUGCCAAAUGUACACAUUCCACAUUCAUAACCGAAAUUGAGUGCUUUAACAAGCAGCAGCAUCCCACUCAUCCUCUUCCAUUCCGAAAUCCACACACAUAACCACCGUCCGAACUUUCCACAGUACGCUAGUAGUCAGUGGCUUACACGAAAAAAAAAAAUUUUUAAAUUUUAUUCAAAAAAUUUUAAUAAAAAAAACGAAAUUUUAUUUUGAGCAACAAAAAUUAAUUUAUUCAACACCCGCUUGUAGUUUCUAUAUUAACUGUAAACUGUUUACAUGCAUAUUUUGUAUUUUUGUAUGUCAAACUUAUGUAAAAAAUGUACCAAGAAAAUCACAUUUAUAUAUAUUAUAUACCCACAAAAGCUACAUAUCAGCAACCGUUUUAAGUUAUUAACAUACACUUUUGAGAUAUAUAUAUUUUAUAUGUAUAUGUAUACUUACAUAAUUACAAUUUGUUUGUAAUUUUAGAAAUUAAGCGAGGAUUAACAAAAUGCAGCAGUGAAAUGAAAUUUACAAACUUCAACAGUUGUUUGUGCAACCACAAGUUUGCCUUAAACGUAUAAGCAAAUUACGUUAAAAAGCAUAUAUUUACAUGUUUACAAAGCAAUUAUAUAUUUAUGUACAGUUAUGUAUGCAUAGAACAUUGUUUAUGUGCAUAUGUACUUUUAUUUAAUAUAUUUGUAAUUUAUAUGGUCAAAAAUUUAUGUGCCUGUUGCGCUAAUAUAAAUGUUAUUAAUAUUUAAAAUAAAUAAAUAAAAUGCUAAAAAAUAAUUAAAA